UACUUUUCCCUACCAUUUGGUGAUAUCUUUUAGUGGUUCAGAUGAGUGAGUCAACAUCUCAAGAGGAUCCCAAACCUGCUCAGGAAAAUGGAAAAGAAGACAAAGAAAGGAAACAGGAAGCAAUUGAAGUGAAAGAGCCUAUUGAGAAUUCACAGAGUGUACCAGAUAGUUCUGCAUUAGAUACCAGCAACAAUGUGGCAGAAGAAACAACAGAUGAAAUCAAAUCCCAAGAAUUAAACAUGGAGGGACAGCCAAAAAUCUCAACUGGUUCAAUAAAGGACUCUAACAUUGGAGUCUCAAAGAAUAUUGUGGUUAGAAAACCUGCAAAAGUGAUUUUCAAUUUAGAUCAAACUGUGCUGAAUUCAAAGCUAGAACAACCAUGGAAUAAAAAUCUUUUUGAGAGAGUGGAGGCAAGAGCCCAGGCAAUGCAGCAGAAGAUAAUAGAUAAGGAUAAUCUGAAGAAGGAACUAGAAAAAAAGGCUGAAAAAAAACUCCCUAAGGAUAAUCUGGCUAAGGAGUGGUUUAAUACUGAAAACAUGACACUAAGUGCUCGUGCAUAUUUGCUUGACAAAAUUCUACCCACGUUAGUUCCUGGAGUUGAAAAAAUGUUAAUGCAAGUGGAAAAGAAGAAGCUUUUGCCAGAAGUUGAUAUUCCAACCAAGUUUGAUCCAAUUAAUUAUUUGGGAGAAUACUUAAUGAGAAACAAUCCUUAUUAUAUCAAAGACUCGGGAAUGUCUGGUUAUCAGAGGGUGAUGAGAGAUGUCACAGAAGACCUGAAGAUACAUGUUCCCAACACUAUCUGCAACAGAGUAUCCAAGAUGAAGGAGAAUAUUAAACAGAAACGAGAACAAAGAGAACAUAUAAAUGAAGUCAAAGUCAAGGUGGCCAACACACGGAAACAGGCUCUGCAAGAACAGUUCGAUGAAUGGAUUCUAGACCCCAAAGGAAUGAUUCCUAUGGUAGUGAUUCAGAAUGUUCUUCAUGAAUUUUUUCAAAAUCCAGAUUUCCAGCUUGAAUCAUGUUGCAAACAAUUGGAUAUUGCUGACUCAAUGGAACCAAGAUUGAACAAAAUGGAAUUUAUAGAAUACAUCUCUUCACACAUUGCAGCCUUUAAAAGUGAAAUGUUUGAGGAGCUCCUUAAGCAUCUUUGCCACGGUGCAGAUGAAUUCCGGGAGGUCAUAAAAACUGACAUGCGGAGACAGAUGUUUGCUGAACUCUUCCUGCAUUGUGACCAUGGGAAGGUAGGGUUGUUGGAUCGGCAGAGGACAUUGGCCUUGCUGGAAAUGUUCUAUGACCAAAGUUCAAAAAUGCUCAGAAGUUUACUUCGAAACCCAAGGCAAUGGCCAUUCAUUGAAUUUGAAGAGAUAGACUUGCCUGAGUUGUGGGGAGACAUGGAUAAUCAGAAACACAUUUAUGAAGAUUUUGACAAAGUGCUCUUAGAGACGAAUACAUCACUUUCUGAAAAACAUGCUAGCAAAGCCCAAAUUAAAUUGUUAGAAAAUUCAGAAGAUCAACAUAAACGUGGUAAACAUAGAAAAUCAACACUACCACCAACCUCACCAGAACAGGAGAGAGGGACAACUGCAGAACAAGAACCGAACAGAAUUUCAACCAAAGAACAAAAACAAUUCAGAGAGUCAACUGGAGAAAAAUCAGUAACAGGACAAGGAACCCACACAGGGUCAACUCCAGAACAAGGAUCAAGUAGAGAGUUAAUACCAGAACAAAGACCACGCAGAGAGUCAAUUGCAGAACAGGGAUCACACAGAGAGUCAGUAAUAGAACAAGGACCACGCAGAGAGUCAGUAACAGAACAAGGACAACGCAGAGGGUCAGCUGCAGAACAACGAACACGUAGAGAUUCAGUAAUAGAAGAACCACAGGAAGGGUCAACUGCAGAACCAGAACCACCUGGAGAGACAAUUCCAGAAAAACAACAGGACAUAGACUCAACUUCACAAUCAGGAAAAGGUAGUAUCUUAGGAGAAAGGAAAAAGUCUAGAGAGGCUAUUCCUUUUGAGUGCAUUGAAAUCCCUCCAGAGGAAGAGCGGACUCAGAAGCAAGCAUAUGAAGAAGAACUAUUCGUGUGUUCUGAACUGCAAGAGCAAAUUCCAAUAUCAAGAAGAAAAGAUCAUUUUUCAGAAACUACAAAAAAGGAAGUUCAGAAAGACGAAUCCUGUGAACCAAAGUCCUCAAAAAUAGAAGGAAAGUCAUGGUCAGGUGAACUUUUGACUUAUAACUGGAAGAUGAAGUAUGCCAAAUGUGAAGAUGAGGAGCAGGCAAACUUAAUCUAUGGUAACUCCAGAUUCACAGACCUACACUCAAUUAUCAGAAAUAUUCAGUCUUACAAGGAAGUAAAAGGUCGGAGUGCCUUCAAUGGAGUUUCCUUCAAUCUGCUCCAGUUUGUGCAACUCCUGGAGACAUUUGUUGGUGAAGAUGCCCCUUUGAGUGUCAGUGAGACCCUCACCUCUUUUUUCAAGAGGGGCUAUGUUGAAACAAAAGAAGAGAAAAUGAGUGCCUUAGAACAGGCUAGACAAAAUGCUUCCCAAGUCCGACGGGGACUUCUCCUAGAAGCGCUCUUUCAGAAGUGGGACAGUGACGGCUCAGGGUUCCUGAAUCUGAAGGAAGUUGAUGAACUCCUGUACACAUACAAGGAGGGAAUGGAAAAAGAAUCUAUGAGGAAAGCUAAACUACACAUCCAAUUACCAAAGCCACAACCUGGUUGUGAAGUGAGGUUGUCUUCAAAGCAGUUUCAGAAAUACAUAGAAUUGGUUGUAUCUGAACUCAGGGGCAAUGCAGAUCACGUUCUGGAAAGCAUUGUGGAGUUUCUGAUGAAUACUCUAGAAAGGAGCCAUAUUGAGAGUCUGAGGAAUGGUGCCAGACAAAAGUGGCUGCACCAAAUCCAACAUGCGGCAGAGACAAGUGGGGUAUCCCUGGAGCCAGUGUACACUGAGACCUUUAAGGCCCUCACCCAGGAUGCUGAAGCCCAUGGAAAUAAGAAGAUCAGUGCUCACAUUUCCCUCUUAGAAGAAAAUCUACUACUGCCUGAUAGAGGGAAUGUUCUAUUGAGGAAUGUAGCUUGUACUUUAGAUGAUGCUCCAUUUGUACUGAACAGAGUGCUCUACAGAGACAUGAAGGGAAUCAGCUUUACAGUAGUGGAUAAAGGGAAACCAAUACAUGUUCCCCAAGUUCAGCACCAUGGGAACAUCUUCUUCUGGAAUGAUUCCCGCAAGAAGAAUAAUCAAAAUGGGUCAUUCCUGGCUCUGCCUCUUCAGGAUGCAUAUAUGAGGAUCUUUGGGGUCAUGGCAGUUGACACCCUCAGAGAUCCCCGGAAAAUAAACAUCUUUCUACCUCAUGAAAUCAGAUUCUACCAGGGUGUUGCCAAUGUCUUUAGCACUGCCUAUCACUACGUGCAUAGCCGCGAGCACAUCCUACAUGUUGUGAUCACUGGCAUUGGCUGGCUCUACAACAUCACACCUAGCAUCACUGCCAUCACUACGUACUUCACUGAGCCUAGCCCAGAGCAGGAUUCAGACUAUGUUUUACGCAAUAUGAUGGUUACAGGGCCCCUGGGUCUGACAGAAAUCCACAGGAAUCCUCCUACCAUCUUCAGGAAGACAUGUAUCUUCAGAGAUUUCCUCUUUAAGUGUACAGACAGUUCAGAAGUUGUUUUGGCGUCUGUCUAUGGAGAAAACCACAUAGUAAUUCCACUUCGUGAGAGAACAGGAGAGGCUUUGGGAGUUCUCGAUUUUAACAUUGGCAAGAGUAGGAUGUUGUUGUAUCGAGAAUUUAAAGACCUACAGAAAAUGAUGAAGGUGAUCCAAGCUGCCUGCUUUGAAAUACUGGGCGAAUUAUCUGGAGAAAUAAAGAAAAACUAUAUCUUAGAGAUUGAAAAUGUAGGGGAAGUCCAGCGGGCAGGAGUUCUCUUCUUCCGAAUCAUGCUGAAAGAGCUGCAAGAAAGCCUCCAGCUGCUUACCCCCAUGGACUUUGUAUCACUCUUGCUCUAUGAUUAUAAUCCUCCAGCAGAGCUAAAAUCUCCACCAGACAACAAGUCCCAGGAGUUGGAAGCCAAUGCAAAACUAGUACACGACAUCCUAAUAGGGGUUAUCUUGUUCUUUCAUCCAGAGUUGGAAUCAUCAAGUGACUUAGGAAAUUGGGAUAAGUGUAAACUGUAUGUUAACAGAGACUUAGUGGAGAAUAUUUGUGCCUUUGAUCCAACUGCUAAGCAUGUGGAAGUUAAUGUACAGCUCAUUGAUGAAUAUAUCAGAGAUCAUUCUCGAGUCGAAGUAUGGAAAUUUGGUAAUGUUGUCAUCGAAUACCUAUACCACUGGGCACACAUCUGUUUAGCUCUCAUAGAGCUAAACAAAAAAUGCAAUAGUGCUAUUACACCUCCAUUGCCCACCAAUACUGACUCCUAUGUGUAUGCAAAAAUGCCAGGGGGAAGCUUGCUGGGGAAAUGCUAA